AUGCCUCAGAUACAGGAGAUUCAUGAAGGGGGCGAAGCUCAAACGCUCCGCGCCGCGCUGUCCGCAAACGACGGGUCAGCCACUGGCAUUCUCGACGGCCUCGCGGUCAAGCUCCGUGAUGCCAAAGUGCGAGAGGGCAUUGGUGCAAGCGGUGUUGCCGAUGUCGUUGCGGAAAUUGCAGGGACGACACCGUUAGAUGAGGCGUUGCUCUUUCAAGCUGCACGGGUGGCGGGCAAUCUGGCUGCGGACUGUGACGCCAAUCGCGAUCGCCUGGUCGCUGCAGGCUAUCCCCAGAAAAUCUCGGCGUGUCUGAAGAACGAUCUUGAAGUCAAGACGCUGCAGGCUAUAGCAGCGAGCCUGCUUAAUCUUGUAACGGAUGGGCACGCGGCUGCUGUUGCUGCACUAAGCGAUGAGGCGACACUCGAAAGAAUAAUUCGCGCGGCCAACACGCUAUAUACACCCGGAGAGUGGGACGGCUCGCUGCGCGGCACAGUGGCCUCUUGGCUAUGGAACGUUGUGCAGCACGUCGUGCCAGCGGAACCGACGUACACACUCACUCUUUCUCUCAUCAAGGCCUUCCUCCCUCCACUGCGUGGAGUGAUGCCGCGUGCCGCACCACGCGAUUUGGAGGAUGCAGACGACGCCUUUGCCACUGACAUCGCGAUUUUGACACACGCGACGAAGGUACUCGAGCGGUUCAAUGGGAAGGAUAAGCUCGAAUACACUGCUCUCCUCGGCGCUCGCGACGCGAUCACCACCCUAUUGGGGUUUAUGGAGGAGGCUGCAAUCCCUCUCUGGCUGGAGGAGGUGGAAGAGGACACGACGAAGGCGCUCGGUGUCGCGAAGGCGGACGUCUCGCGUACCCUCGUCAAUGCGUUGUCAGAGGGUGGUGACGUGCCUCCUUGGCUGCUGGAAAGACUUGGCUCGUGGUUGGAGCGACCGACUCGCCCGGACCUGGUCAGCGUUGCACUGCUGGCGUACGGCAACGUCGCGAGGGGGGACGCCUCUGCCACCUCCAUUCUGGAGGACAACCCCGCGCUGCUCCCACGCCUCACGGCACUUCUAGACCCCUCGACUCCAGUCAUAGUGCAGCACGCACUGGUCGGCCUGCUUCGCAACCUCGCGAUCCCGCAGCCAAAUAAGCGCAAGCUCGGCGACGCGGGCGUCCUCCCCCGCCUGCUGGCAAUGGAGCCCUGGGCCGCGGAGCGCGACAUGCUCGGCAGUGUGCAGGGCGGCGCGGUGGGGAUCGUGAAGCAGCUGGUGCGCAACGAAACGAACGCCACACAGUUCCUGUCUCUCCCCCUCGACCCUCUGCACGCGCUGAUCACGCGCACCAACGACCCGGCCAUCGCGCUGGAAGCUACGCGCGUGUGGGUCAACUGCAUCCGGGCGCUCGGCCAGUCCUCCUCCGGCGGCUGGACAACCCUCACCGACGGGAGGGUGCUGGACGCGCUCACGAGCAUGUUGUCCCAGGGCGCGCGGCACCCCAUCCUGCUCAACGAGGCGGUGCUUGCGCUCGCAUUACUCGCCGGGCAUGGCGGCACCGAGGGGCCAGGGGAUGGGAACAGGGAGGGCGUGCGGGCCGAGAUCGCUCGCCGGUUGCUGGAUGCCGAGGCCGCACAGCGCGCGAAGAAGGAGCAUCCCAACGCCAACCUUGAGGGCGUGAGUGGCGCAGACGUGCUCGCGCGAACCGUGGCCGGGCAAGGGGCACGAGAGACACAGGGGAACGCGCUUGCGCUGGUGAAGCUGCUCGAUUCGCCUGAGCUCACUGCUCUCGUGCGAGCAGCCGUGGCGGGUGCAAAGGGGGAGCUGGUGGACGGCGCGCGGGAGUUGUAA